AUGGUGCUGCCAGAGCAGGUGAAAUUGCUCCGUUGGCUUAUAUCUGUUCUUUUUUCAGGUAAGCGCAAAGGUACCAGGGAGGCUAGACUGCCUACCAAGGUGCUUUGGAUGAGGAGAUUGAGAGUCCUCAGGCGUUUGCUUCGCAAGUAUAGGGAAUCAAAGAAGAUUGACAAACACAUGUAUCAUGACAUGUACAUGAAGGUGAAGGGUAAUGUUUUCAAGAACAAGCGUGUGCUGAUGGAAAAUAUCCACAAGACAAAGGCUGAGAAGGCUAGAGAGAAGACCUUGUCCGACCAAUUUGAGGCUAGGAGGGCAAAGAACAAGGCAAGCAGAGAAAGAAAGUUUGCAAGGAGGGAAGAACGUUUGGCUCAGGGACCAGGAGGAGAGAAGCCAGUACAACAACCUGCAGCACCAGCUGCUGCCGCACCAGCCCAGCAAGCUCAGGGAUCUAAGAAGUCGAAGAAAUGAGCAUGAUGAAUUGUAAGGAGGGUUGGCGCUAUGCCUACUUUUUGUCCUUGUUAGUAUGGCAGUUUAGUAUGUUUGAUCCCUUCCCUUUUUGGCCUUUUAACUUUAAAAGACAAUGUUACUUGUAUGAAUUUGAAAGCUGGUUUAAAUUUUUGAUA